UCGGCUGGAAUGUCAAACUAGAGUUAUAGAAAUCAUCAGCUGUUCCGCAACGGUGGAGAAUUUCCUUAUUUUUCAGUUUUUGCAAGCCUUCGAAGAAAUUUUUAUUAACGAAGUGGUGCUUAGAAAUAUUGCGUCAGUUGAAUGCUUCGUGGCUUUUUGUGGCCAAUAAUAUCAAGAAUGCCCUUCUAUGCCGUGGCAAAAGGACGUACAGUUGGUGUAUAUCAAAGCUGGCCUGAAUGUCAGCGACAAGUAAACGGGUUCACUGGAGCUAAGUUUAAAAAAUUUCCAACUCGCCAACAAGCGGAAACAUUUAUUCGCGAGAAUGGAGGUAGUGUAUCCGCAUCAAGCACAGAUAGUAACAGCAAUUCAUCAGCCGAUUUUCAACCUGUUGUUCCACCUGCGGAGUCCGUGCGGGUCCUUAUCGAUAAUUACGAUGAAAUCAAUGCAGCUUGCUCUCGAAUUGAAAGUUUAAAGCGAGAAUUGGACGAAUUAAGAAAUCCUGCUUCAUCUAGCACUACCACGGAUGAUGUUGCACAGGCUCCAAAACCGUCCAAGCGUCAGAAGUUGGAAACUACGGUGAAACCUGUCACUAAACUGCAAAAAUUUGGUAAAUAUAGCUUCCUCCAAGAUGAGGAUGGAUUCGUACAUGUGUAUACAGAUGGAUCGUGUGAAGGGAACGGGACUGCGUCGGCUUGUGCAGGAUUAGGAGUAUACUUCGGCGAAGGUCAUGCCCUGAACGUGGCCAAAGCAGUCAGCGGGCGGGCGACCAACAAUUGUGGUGAGAUACAAGCCGCAUCACUGGCAAUUCGACUUGCCAAAGAAAAUGGUAUCAAAAGACUGAUUGUUAACACGGAUUCCAAGUUUCUCAUUGAUUCCAUAACAAAAUGGUUACCUGGUUGGAAGCGGAAUGCAUGGAAACUGUCUACUGGCAAACCGGUUAAAAACCAGGUGGACUUUGUGGAACUUGAUAGGGAGCUAGCCGGUGACAAAAUUGAGGUCAGGUGGAAUCACGUUGAUGCGCACUGUGGUAUUUUAGGAAACGAAAGGGCCGAUGCAUUGGCACGGCAAGGAUCCGCAUUAUUCAGACAGCAGAAGACUACCCGUUGAAUUGUAUUGAUAAAUAGUAAAUUUAACAUUCGAUUUUACACUAAGUUUAAUAAAUUUUGAAUACGUUUUUAUUAGGACAA